UAGAGCCCCAUAGUUGCUCUGGAAGCGAUUGUGUCGUGUUAAAUUUCCCGAAGAGGGUUGCAGUUUCUUUUGUUAAAAACAGAGAAAAUAGAAGUCGUUUGUGACUCGUUUUGAAUUUUUAAUACACCUUAUUCAGGAAUCCGUGUUUAAUUUCUUACUUGAAGAGCAGGAGAUAUGAGCGGGGGAGUGUAUGGAGGCGAUGAAGUUGGAGCUCUUGUGUUUGACAUUGGAUCAUAUACUGUAAGAGCUGGCUAUGCAGGAGAGGACUGCCCAAAAUUGGAAAAUUACCCAGAUCAUCAAGACGGACAUAAAAAAGCUCAAGGGGAAGGAUGCAUUGCACAGUAGAAGGAAUAGAAUCUGGUACACGUAUGUGGAAGUUGGAAAGGCAGAUUUUCCAACUCAUAUUGGGAUGGUAGUGGAGAGGGAAGAUGGAAUAACACCAAUGGACACAGAUGGAGACAAAGGCAAACAAGGAGGCACAUCUUAUUACAUAGAUACCAAUGCCCUUAGAGUUGCCCGAGAGAGCAUGGAUGUCGUAUCGCCACUGAAAAAUGGCAUGAUUGAAGAUUGGAAUAGCUUCCAGGCUAUUUUAGAUCACACAUACAAGAUGCAUAUAAAGUCAGAAGCAAAUCUGCACCCUGUGUUAAUGUCUGAAGCUCCGUGGAAUACCCGAGCCAAGAGAGAGAAGCUGACUGAGUUGAUGUUUGAACAUUACAACAUUCCAGCUUUCUUCUUGUGUAAAACGGCGGUACUGACUUCAUUCGCAAAUGGCAGGUCAACAGGACUAGUGUUGGAUAGUGGUGCCACACACACUACAGCUAUUCCUGUACAUGAUGGAUAUGUACUUCAGCAAGGUAUUGUCAAGUCACCUCUGGCUGGAGAUUUUAUCAGCAUGCAGUGUAGAGAGCUGUUUCAGGAGCUAGGUGUUGAAAUUGUUCCCCCAUACAUGAUUGCAUCAAAGGAACCUGUGCGUGAAGGAGCCUCCGCCAGCUGGAAGAAAAAAGAAAAACUACCUCAAGUCACAAGGACGUGGCAUAACUACAUGUGUAAUAAUGUUAUCCAGGAUUUCCAAGCGUCAGUUCUUCAAGUGUCAGAUUCUCCCUAUGAUGAACAAGUUGCAGCACAAAUGCCCACUGUUCAUUAUGAGCUACCAAAUGGUUAUAACUGUGAUUUUGGAGCAGAAAGGCUGAAAAUCCCUGAAGGCUUAUUUGAUCCUUCAAAUGUGAAGGGUCUGUCAGGAAAUACCAUGCUCGGUGUUGGACACGUUGUAACCACCAGCGUGGGAAUGUGUGACAUUGAUAUCCGACCAGGACUUUAUGGUAGUGUAAUAGUGACUGGUGGAAAUACACUCAUACAAGGUUUUACAGAUCGAUUAAACAGAGAGCUGUCUCAGAAAACACCACCUAGCAUGCGUCUGAAAUUAAUUGCAAAUAACACCACAGUGGAACGCAGAUUUAGCUCUUGGAUUGGAGGCUCCAUUUUAGCGUCAUUGGGUACAUUCCAGCAGAUGUGGAUAUCAAAACAGGAAUAUGAAGAGGGAGGAAAACAAUGUGUAGACCGAAAAUGCCCGUAACUGCAGCAAUAAAACCUUUUUUGCCUUCUGAAAUAAAACCUGGGGCUAGUUUAGAUUCUCCUCCUCCCCGUGCACUCAGGAAUCCCAAGAACAUUUUCUGCCUAUAGAAGUUAUUUACACUUUAUGUACAUCAGUUUGUAAAUUGCAGGUUAUGGAUUUUUUUUUUUUUUUAACAUGAAAACAAUGUUUUGUUAAAAGUUUUAUUACAUCUUCUAUUUGACCUCUUUAUUUUUAAACAAGAGCUUUUAUAAAACUAUAUUUUGAUAUCAAACAGUUUGUAUUGAUAGAUUAAAACAUGUACAAGCAGUUUGGUUUUUUUUUUUUUUUUUUUUUGUUAAAUGUGACUGGAGUUAAGUUCCAUGAAAUGGAGGCUAAAACAAUUUCAGCCAAUAAAAGGCUAUUUGUUACUCUAAUGGGGCUUAGCAUUAUUAUGUCCAUCUUUAUAAACCAAAUAACUCCUGUCUGAAAUACUACUUGCUUUAAAAGCAUCUUUGAUUGCAUAAAAAAAAAAUUCAGAGUCCGAGUAUUUUGAUGACAAACGAAAACACGGGUUGUAUUUGUAACAUUAUGGAGAAUAAGUCAUCUAAACAUUUCCGCAUUACACCAACCAAAAUUGCCAUACAGAAUUUUUUUAUCCAAAGUGCUUUUACUAUUAAAUGACCCUCCAUUGAUGUGUCUUGAUUUGAUACCUUUCUUGGACAUUACUGGUUUAAGUGUUCAGCUGCGACUUCACACAUUUGUUUUUCAGAGGCUGUGUUUGCUUUCAUUUUGUUAGACAAGAGACUUCUUGUUGGCCUUGUUAAUUUUCCUUUUUCUGUAUUGUUUUGCUUUUCAGACGUAGUAAACCUAAGACAUGUUAACUUAA